AUGCAAAUUCCAUUUGGUUCAAAUUCCCGAAACGUUUAUCGUGCCAAUUCAUACAACGAUGACGAACAAAGCGGACGAUCACCGGAUCCAAUUAGGAAUGCGCUUGGCCUUUGGGGGCGGCUGCUUAACAAGGUUUGUUUUUUUUAAGUUUUUAAUUGAAUUAUUGAUAAAAAUAAUUUCAAUCUAAUAGACAUUAAAAGAUAAGUUUUUUUUUAUAUUUCAAAGUUUUUAUUCUUAAAACUUCGUUUAAAAAAAAGCUUUUUAAAGAUGGCUCAACCCAAUCCUCCAACUGAAGACGAAUUACGACUGCGUUCAGGUGGUAACAUCGUAGAUACUGAGAAUAACCUAGAAUACGAACAGCCCUACGGCCAGCCAAGCUUAGGUCAACUUGGAGCUGGCAUUGCUGCAAAAGCUUUGCGCAACAUACAAAAUGCUGGUUUACUUAACGGACUGUACAAAAAAGAAACUUCCGAUGUCUCUAACCGUCCGUUUGAAAAGUUUUUUGAUGGACGAGGAUCUAUAAUUGAUCAAGAACGGUUGCAACAACUUUUGCCAAGAGUCAUGGCUGAUAAAAAGAAAGAGACAACUAUAGCAACAACAGAAAAUUUCGAAGAAGCCCCAGAAACAACUAAAGCAGUAGAAACCACAACUAAAACUGAAUUUAGUUCUACUGAUUCAACAACUUUUACCAUGGAAGAAGAAUCAAAAACAACUAAAACUAGUUUUGCUUCUACGAACGAAAGCUUUACAAAAACGACAGUUCAAAGCACCAAAGCUCCAAAUUCGAAUAAGAGUUUAGCAAUACCGCCAAAGUCACCUCAACCAAAGAAGAACAUUGAAAACUCAAAAAAUGUCAAAACAAUAAAAUUACACACUAACGAAAGAAGUCAAGACCAAGGCCAAGAUAACAUCGCAAUGACGACCGCAGUUUCAACAAAAAUUGUUAAAAUUACAACUGCCAAGCCAAUAAUUAACACAAAAAAACCUAAAGGAUUAGAAAUAAUAGAUGACGAAGAGGAAGGAUACGAUGAGGAUUCGACAGAUGAAAUUGAAGAGGGUAGUGGUGAAGACGAAGAGUUUUUUGAAACCACAAAAAAACCAGUUGUAAAUAAAACGACAAAACCUGCGGCAAUAGAUCAAAGUAAAACGCAAAAGAAAGCUGUUAAAAAUAGUGAGAAAAUUGAGCAAAAAAGUAAAGAAAUAAUCAAACUAAAGGAAAAACAUAUUGAAGGCAAAAAAACGAACAAUAAAACUGAGAAUAAGUUGACUGAAACUGAUGACAGUACUUCUGACAUUAAAGUGUUGAAAUUCACAGAAGAAAAUAUUCCGGAAGCUGAAGAAGAACAAACAUGUAAGAAAAAAACAUAUUUAACCUUUUAUUUUUUUUUAUUUCAUUUUUUAUUUCGUUAAAACAAAAAAUGUAAAUUAAUUUUCUCAAAUUACUUAAACAAAAUUGCAAAACUAAAUAUGAAUGUAUUAUAUUUUAGCGUUCCAAAAAGAUGAGGUCCCCGAGAUAACUACAUUUGCACCAGUCGAAAUGACAGCAUUUACAAUUAACGUAAGAUGAUUAAUUUGCAAUUACAGUAUAUUAACUAAACGCAUAAUGUUUUUUGGAGCUGCUAAGGUUAUUAAAAAAUUUUAUUUUUAGCCUAAAGUUUUUGAAAUGUCAGACUCAAAACUAAAUAACGUCAUUAAUCAAGCUGGUACAAUAAUUGACGGUGUCGGACCACUGAUUCUUCCACUUCUUGGUUACAACAAAGCUUCAUCAGCUUAUGGUGCCGCUAAUAGUGUAGCAGCUGCAUCUAUACCUGCUAGGGUAGCCGGUGUAAAAAACUACCAUCCUGCGCAGAGCAGUGCUCAAGCUUUAAUAUCCGACAACAACGACCAAAAAAAACCAUUAGAUCACUAUCAUAACAAGGGAUCGGCAAACUCCUUGUCUCAAAAUUUUCAGAAACAAGUUGUAAGCAAUAGGUAUCCUGAUGUUGGCCAACCUGAAUUGACUGGCUUAAGAGAAACCUCUCAACAACGAUCAUUUUUGGCUCACAAAAAACAGCUGUUACUAAAGCAGCGCGCAGAAUUAGAGAAACAAACACAAGAAAUUGAAGAACAGCGUCAGCUGCAACUACAACUUCAAGAAGAACACCGCCGUCUUCAAAUCCAAAAACAAAUUGACCUGUUAAAGUUAGAAGAAGAGAAGAAACGAAUGCAAGAAGACCAAAUAUUGCCUAUUGGCAAUAGACCUAGUCUUAGUAGACUAAUUAGUUCCGACACGUCACAUGGCCUUAUUCGUCAAUAUAUUGAUGACACAGCGCCUGCUGUCAAUGAAGGUGAGUUUAAAGAAAUUUUUAAUUAAUUUAUUUGGUUGAAUAACAUUUUUAACGUAUAUUUUUAUGUUGAAAACAGAAUUGUUUUUUAAAAUACGCUUAACAUUAACAUUUUGCUUUUUUAGCUGCUUUGUUAGAAGCUUAUCGAGUAAUAUUUGAAAAAAAUCGACAAAAAUUAGUUAGGCCAGAAAACAUACCACCACCUGAAUUACAACAACGGUUGUCCGAAGUUCGACGACAACCCGCGGCCGACGACCCGGGUUAUAAGUUGGGACGAAACCAAGUUAACAACAUGUUUUUUGAAGACAGUGGUAACUUUAGCUUUUAAAAAUAUUUUCAAUUCUUUAUUCUUUAAGUUAUUUAAAUUGUAUUUUAAAUUUUUAAUACAUUAACAUUUUUAUUUCACGCUUGAUUUUUUAAUUAAUUUUCAUAAUAAAUAUGUUUUAUAAACAAAAAAUAAAUAAAAUAUAUAUGUUUAAGUUUAAUUUUCCUUUCAGGGAUUAUAAUCGGCACACAGCCAGAUGCAGGUGGCAUCGCCCUGACCAACGCUGUCGUCGGAGGUGGUUUUGGUAAUGGACGAGGACCAUCAGCACCAUUUGAAUAA